AUGCCGAACUUUUCGGGUAUUGCGAAUACACAAAUACUCCACCGAGCUCAUGCUCACCUUCGAAAAUUUGCUCUUAAUAGCAAUUUACUAUCAGCGGCAGCUGGGCGUGAAAAGGCCGUGCCCAUUGGCAGGUUGAGCAUCUUCGAAUGGAAGAAGUAUGUCCCAAAGAAGGAAACAACGAAGCUCGUAACUGAACAUUACAUAUGGGGAGGUGACUUCAAAGGAAAGAAAUUCAACUAA